AUGCGUUUAAGUGACUGUUAUGUGCUCUUUUUAGUUGGUCUUUUUUCCGCGGCGGUUAGCGCUUUCACAGAAGAACCACUGGAAAACAUCAGCGCCACUGAGCAGCCUCAAUCAAAUGUAACAAAUUCACUAGCAGAGUUAUCGGAACAGAGUGAAGAGCUUCAGUCUACGGAGCCCAUAUUGGAUAAGGUCGCAGAGUCACAAGGACACGAAAAUGCCGGUGAACGUAAAGCACGCCAAUUCGGCUAUCCUGGAUUCGGCUUUCCCCCACCACCACCACCAUUUUAUGGUGGCGGUUUUGGCGGUGGUUUCGGUGGAGGUUUUGGUGGCGGAUUUGGCGGUGGCUUUCAACGCACACGCGUCGUAACGCGCACGCGGGUAGUGAAUCGCGUACGAGGCGGUGGUUUCUAUGGCGGUGGUGGUGGCGGUGGAUAUUUUGGUUAA